GAGAGAUGUAAGACAGUUGAAGGAUCUUUGUAGAAUGAGGAUUGGAUUGUGAAGAGAGAAUAUGAAUCGGAAGCAAUCAGGCUCUGGAAGACAAGAUUUGAACAGGCAGUCGAAUCGUAGUGCACGAGGAAUGGGAGUGUAAAAUAGGAAAACAUAAACCAAAAAAAAAAAAAAAAGGAAAAAUCCCAGACAGUCGAAGCUUCCAAAUCUUCGGUCUUCCUCCACAAUCUUUCAUAUAUAAAUAUAUAAAAUUACAAUGCGAGUGUGUUCAGCAACCCCACUAGCUGCUCUCUCCCUCUCUCUCAUCCAUGUCUCUGUUCUUACACUUAGAUGAGAUGAGAUAUAUAAAUGCACGCACGCGCUAAAUUUGGUAUAUGGAGAGAGGCAGAUGGAAGGAAGAAGAGGGAAUACUAUAGAAGAGAGAGAAACAGAAACCCAGCCAAGCCACACCUAUCUUCGCCCUGCCUCUCAGUGACACAGACAGAGCAGGAAAAACAAAACGAAUCCUUGAAGUUCGAAUUCACCGCCCGGGAAGAUUCCAUAUUUCCAGUUCGAUUUGGUUCAUUUCAUUGAACAUUCCGCUCCAUAAAUCCUUUGUAAUAACAUUGUUAUUAUUAUUAUUAUUAUUAUUGUUAUUGUUACUGUGUCGUGGUCUUCAUCGUCAUUAAUUAACCAUCUCGAGUCUCUACGAAAGAAAUCAAGAAAACGAAUCCCAAAUUCCCUGUUUCAUCUCUUCUGGAGUUAGGGUUUCUUUUCCUUCCCUGUGGGCAUGAGGUUGAACGGUGAAAUCCAACCAGAGGAGGAGGAGAGGAAGGUAACCGAUAGCUUCAAUUCGCAGACGUAUUCGAUCGGCAUCGGGUUCCCUCACUCACAGUCGCACGAUCUCGUCGUCGGGUAUGCCUUGACCUCUAAGAAGAAAAAGAGCUUCUUGCAGCCCAAGCUUCUCUGCCUUGCUAGGAAUAAGGGGAUAUUCUUUGUAGCCAUUGAUUUAAACAGGCCCCUGUCAGAUCAAGGUCCUUUUGAUGUUGUUUUGCAUAAGUUGUCGGGAAAGGACUGGUGUGCCAAUAUUGAGAAUUACAGGCAAAAAAAUCCUGAAGUAACUGUCCUUGAUCCUCCAUAUGCCAUAGAACAUCUGCACAAUCGUCAGUCCAUGCUGCAGGAUGUGGCAGAUCUAAACUUGUCUGACUGCCAUGGCAAGGUUGGUGUUCCAAGGCAGUUGGUCAUUACAAAAGAUCCAUCUUCAAUUCCUUGUGAAGUGAAUAAAGCUGGGCUCAAGUUGCCUCUGGUUGCAAAACCUUUGGUUGUGGAUGGAAGUGCCAAGUCACAUGAACUAUUUCUUGCUUAUGAUCAGUUCUCCCUUGCAGAACUUGAACCUCCUUUGGUUCUCCAGGAGUUUGUUAACCAUGGUGGAAUUCUCUUCAAAGUUUAUAUUGUGGGGGAAAUCAUAAAGGUUGUAAGGCGUUUCUCUCUACCUAAUGUCAGUAAGCGCGAGCUAGAAAAAGUUGCUGGUGUGAACCGUUUCCCAAGGGUUUCAUCUGCUGCAGCUUCUGCAGAUGAUGCAGAUCUGGAACCUAGUGUUGCUGUACAUCCUCCACAACCUUUGCUGGAGAAUCUAGCAAGGGAGCUCCGUUGCCGACUGGGUCUCCGGCUAUUCAACAUAGAUAUGAUUCGAGAGCAUGGGACCAGAGAUGUCUUUUAUGUCAUUGACAUCAACUACUUUCCUGGGUAUGGGAAAAUGCCGGACUACGAGCACAUAUUUACAGAUUUCCUGCUGAGCCUUGUGCAGAGCAAGCAUAAGAAGAGACCUGCUGCUUAAUGAUUAGAGGAGGCUUGUACAAGAUAUAUCUGGUAUAUGAUGCUUACUACUGCAGGUGCUGGCCCCCCCUUGGCCUUGGAGAUUGAAGAACAGUCAAAUCUAAUUUUUACUUGUGUAAUUACUUGCUGGUAUGAAAUGUCCCUUGCUCAUGCCCACUACCAUGUACAAAAGGUUCUCAGUUCAAACUUAAAGCUCUUUUAAAUUUUCUGAUAUUCCGUGCUGUUUCUAGGCCAAAUGAGCAAAUGUCUGGUGUUCGUGUUUCCACAUAAACUUCCAUUCGAGACUAAUCACAACUUUCCAAUUUGUUUGGGAGCAGCGACUGAUUCUCUGAUCUUCUCGUAAAAGGAUUCUACUGGUUCCCUUCUCUGACACAAUUUCUCAACCUGUCAAAUCCUGUAAUUGAUGAACAAGUGAAGCUUUACGUUACGACC